GUUUUCUCCCUGUAGACAAACGAGACAAAGCGACUGGCGUUGGCUUCAGGCGGACAAAAUACUUCACAAUAAAUCAUCAGACAAGAACAAAAGCACAAUUUGGUGGAUUACAUAAUAGACAGACCGGACAAUUGUGCGAUUCCUGAUCAUUCCUCAGCUGUUCCACAGCCACUCAUUUCCUCCUCUUUUCUUUCGUCGGCGGUCUACGUGUGCAGCUUUCUUUCGGCUGUGGUUGUAAACACAGCUGUUACUUCCAAAUUUGAUCAUGGGAGACGAGAUGAAGUUGCAGUGUAAGUUGGAAGAACGCGUUAAGGAGCUGGAAGCUGAAUUGGUGCGAAUGAAGCAAAAGGAAGAAUGUACGCCACGAGAGAGAAUUUCACAGAUGAGCUCAGAGGUGGUGGAUACAAAUCCAUACAGUCGGUUAAUGGCAUUGAAGCGCAUGGGAAUUGUGAACAAUUAUGAGAAAAUUCGAGAUUUCACUGUCGCUGUUGUGGGGGUAGGCGGAGUUGGCAGUGUUACUGCAGAAAUGUUGACAAGAUGUGGUGUUGGAAAACUUAUUCUUUUUGAUUAUGAUAAAGUUGAAUUAGCCAACAUGAAUAGGCUAUUCUUCCAACCACACCAAGCAGGCAUGAGUAAAGUUGAAGCUGCUGCACAUACACUGCGAUUUAUAAAUCCCGAUGUUACCUUUGAUACUUACAACUACAAUAUCACGACCAUUGAUAACUUCCAGCACUUUAUGGAUACCAUAAAAACAGGAAGUUUACAAGGAGAACAAGUAGACCUUGUUUUGAGCUGCGUAGACAACUUUGAAGCUCGUAUGGCCAUCAAUGCUGCCUGCAAUGAACUUAAUCAGGUAUGGUUUGAAUCAGGAGUAAGUGAAAAUGCAGUUUCAGGCCAUAUUCAACUCAUCAUUCCAGGAGAAACAGCGUGUUUUGCAUGCGCCCCUCCAUUGGUUGUGGCUUCCAAUAUUGAUGAACGCACAUUGAAGAGAGAAGGUGUCUGUGCUGCCAGUCUUCCCACAACUAUGGGUGUAGUGGCUGGUUUCCUGGUGCAGAACACACUAAAGUUCUUGCUGAAAUUUGGAUCCGUUUCACAUUACUUGGGCUACAAUGCCCUGGAGGACUUCUUCCCCACAAUGCAAAUGAAACCCAAUCCACAGUGUGAUGACAGUUCCUGCAGACAAAGGCAGGCUGAGUUUCAGGAAAGACUUGCAGCUAUGCCAAAGGUUGACAAAGAAGUAACUCGAGAGGAAGAAGUUACACAUGAGGAUAACGAAUGGGGUAUAUGCCUAGUAUCAGAAGCCAGUGAUGACAAGAGCUGUGAUAAUUCUGCAGAAAGAACUGGACCAGAUUUACCAGAAGGCAUCCAUUUGGCCUAUACCAUUCCAACUCCAAAGGAGAACGAACCUGGAACUAUUGUGGAUACAGAGCAAAGCCUCGAUGAUUUGAUGGCCCAAAUGAAAUCUCUGUAGCGAUAAGAAAGGAUGCCAUAUAUACAUUAAAUAAAUUUUAUUUGGUGGAA